ACUUGAUAUUUUUAUCAUUUGUUAUCUGACAUUUGUAAAACUAACACCACAAUGGAAGUCGAAAAUAGUAAAUGUAAAUUAAAUCAAAAUAAUGAUCCUCUUCCGGAAAAAGUUGAAGAGGCAAUUAAGAAGAUAAUUAAAAAAGAAGGUUAUACAGAUUAUAAAAUGAAUACUAAAGCCAUAUCUACUGUUGGUGGUAACUAUUUUGGAUCUCUCUAUGAGGUUGAUGUUGUUGGACAAACGGAAGAUGGUGAGAAAGAAACAAAUAUAUUUGUUAAAGGUAUCGUCCCCGCAGAUCAUCUUACAGCUAUGUCAGUCACUGGAAUGUUCAAUAUGGAGUUAUUCUUCUACAACGAUUUAGCAGUUGUACUUAAUGACAUACAGAAUGAAGCUAAUGUACCUAUAAAAGAAAGAUACAAUAUCGCUAAGUCAUUUCAAGAAAGUAUACCGGAAGCAAUUAUUCUGGACAAUUUGGCAAAGAAAGGAUAUAAAACAUUGAGCAGGUUUGAUGUGCUUCCUUUAAAUUUUGCAGAAUUGUGCGUCAUACAAUUAGGGAAACUGCACGCGUUGUCUUUUGCUUUGGAAAAUAAACACCCAGAUUAUUUUGAUCAAAACAUCAAGACAAUACCUUGCCCAUAUAAUUUUAACGAAGAAUUUAAGGGUGUACACAAAAAUUCUUCAAAAGCACUCUCUGCAUGUUUAGAUGAUGAUGCGCGAGAGAGAUUUAAUGCGUUUUUGCCAAAAUUAUGGGAAAAAGCUCAGGAAUAUUAUUUAGAUCAGAAAUACAAGAGGACAUUAAUACAUAAUGACUACAGGGCCAACAAUAUAUUGCUGAAAGAAAUUGAUGGUGAAAUCGUUGACAUCAUACCUGUGGAUUACCAGUUGAUGCACUACGGCUGUCCACUUCUCGACUUCUUUUUCCUCAUUUUCCUUGGUACAGACCAACAAUUCAGAAAAGACCACUUGGAAGACCUCAAGGACAUUUACUUUGACUCUUUAACAAAAAUGCUACAACAUUUUGAUAUCGAUGUUAAGUCUGUGUUUCCAAGAGAUGAUUUUGAGAAUUUGUAUAAUGAGACGUUAGGUUACGGUCUGCAAUGUUUUGUUCAGCUUAUGCCAUUCAUUUUUGCGACUGAAGAUGAAGUACCGGGUCUAGAUAUAGAUUACCUAGGUGAAGUCAGUUUUAUUACUGAUCCUAGAAUGAAUGAGAGGGCUAGAGGGAUAGUAGAUGAUUUUAUUCGAUGGGGUGUGUUGUAACUAAAUAAAGUGAAUUUUAAUUUCAUUUCUAUUGAGUUUAAGAUAACACAAGAAAAA